AUGACCGUCAAGGCGUUUCCCGACUUCCCCGUCACAGGCGUUGUCCUCCAGUUUGAGAGCAGUAACUUCCUGUCACCUCAUCUCUUUGUAUCUGUGGACCAGUGCAACCGUCAUCUCCCCAUAUACACCGCGGCUGGCGGCAUGGCGACUGCACAGAUCACACACGCGUCGUUCCUGCUUACCCCAUGGGCAUCACUCAACAUCUUCUACACCCUGGAAUUUACCCGUUCGCCCUUAUAUUUCCGACAUUAUAUAAAAACGUUCGAACUCAACCCGACGCAACUGGCACUGAACGUGCAAUAUGGCGGCCGUCUCCUCCAGCUGGGCCUCAUCCAUAAUGAUAAGUCGCAUCUUACGGAUGCGGUCAACAGCGUAACUGCGGAUGGGGUUACUUUCGUGAACAUUGGUAUAAGUGCCGAGUCAUCUGAAACCAGCAAUAUCUGGAAUACAGUUCUACCCACGUAG